AUGGCGCUGGACCUACAGCCGCCCGACGGUCGCAAACGGGUCAAGGUCUACGAACUGAGGGAUAAUGACUGGUUUGAUCGCGGAACCGGCUUCUGUACCGGCCAGAUUCUUGGGGUAAGCUUCGAUAUCCUCCCUGAAGCUCGCAAUCCCAGACACGCCGCGCCGCAUCGCGCCGCUUACCAUGCUUCGUGGCCGCGCGCGUGCCUGGAGUUUGGUGUUCCGUUCCUCUCUCCCGGGCGCAUUACGACAAUCCUGCAUCCGCACCCGCUCCUCAUCCUCCUCCCCGAACAAAAGAAAAGUGAUGGCGAGGAACCGCGAAUAUUCGUCGAAUCCGAAGACCUACCCAAUCGCGUUCUACUGGAGACGCGAAUCUCCAAGGACGAUGGCUAUCAAAAACAGCAAGAAACCUUGAUCGUUUGGACAGAGCAGAAUGGCACGGAUAUGGCGCUUAGUUUUCAAGAAGCUGAAGGAUGCGCGGUGAUAUGGGACUUUGUCAAUGCUGUUCAGCAACACCUAAGCUUGAACGCUGCUGAUGACGCUCUUUCCGACGAUCUCGAAAGCUACCAGACAAUCGCACUACCUCUACCAGAACUUAGAAAUCUCGCCGAAAUUGAACAAAUUGUGCGAGCUGCGAGUAUGACGCAAGUGGGCCGCGAUGCGCUGUCCAAAUUCAUUAUUCGCGAUGAAUAUAUCGGCAAGUUGGUUCUUUUAGUGGAAACCGCGGAGGAUUUGGAAAGCUUGCAAGACCUGCAUCGUCUCUGCAACAUCAUGAAAUCAUUGAUCCUGUUGAACGACAAUACCAUCAUUGAGACCGUCGUGGCCGAUCAGGUCAUCUUGGGUGUGGUCGGGGCGCUGGAAUAUGACCCCGAAUUUCCCACCCACAAAGCAAACCAUCGGCAAUACCUCGCAGACCAGUCACGUUAUAAAGAAGUUGUUCCUAUCAAGGACCCGAUUAUUCGAAGGAAGAUCCGAAGCACAUGGCGUUUGCAAUAUCUGAAGGACGUGGUUUUGGCCCGCAUUUUGGACGACCCGACAUUUUCCGUUCUCAACUCUUUGAUCUUCUUCAAUCAGAUGGAAAUCGUCAAUCACAUUCAGUCGAACGGCCCCUUCCUACGGGAGCUAUUUGGUGUUUUUGAUGUGAAAACUGGCGACGCGAGGCGCAGGGAAGAUGCUGUGCAAUUCUUGCACCAGUGCGCGGCCAUUGCAAAGAAUUUACAGGCUCCAUCUCGAGCUCAACUCUUCGCCAAUUUUAUAAGUCACGGACUCUUUGGAGUGAUUUCCUUUGCCGUCAGGCACCCGAACCCAGCCAUGCGCACGACAGGCAUUGACAUUCUAGUGGCAUUAUUGGACCACGACCCGGUGAUGAUGCGCGGAUAUAUGCUCAAGGCUGUCAAUGAGAAGAAGACGCCGCUUACAGAUACCCUGAUUGACCUACUUCAUGCUGAAACCGAUCUCGGAGUGAAAAAUCAGUUGGCUGAUGCCAUUAAGAUCCUGCUUGACCCCCAGAUACCCCUGCAGGACCCGCUUGCCCGGGCUGGACCCGAUUACUUCAAAGUCCGUUCUUCUAACAUUCUCAACGAUGCAUUUGUGCAACACCAUUUCGAUGAAUCUUCCAAGCGGCUGUUUCAACCGCUUAAGCAUCUUGCUAAUCGCGCAAACCUCAAUGACUUAACGUUUCAAGAAGUCACCUUGUAUUCGCAUCUUGUCGAUAUUCUCACCUUUUUUGUCCGCCAACACCUCUUCCGCACACGCAGCGCCAUUCACAGCGAAUCUCUUGCACCUCGGGUCGCUCAACUUCUGACGGCCCCUCAAAAACACUUAAAACUGGCCGCUCUCAAAUUCUUCCGCACUCUGAUUAGCCUUCAGGAUACUUUCUACCAAGCUUUAAUGACACACAACAACACAUUUGGUUUGAUUCUUGACAUCGUGUAUGACACUAUGCCUCGUGACAACCUCCUCAACUCCGCUUGUCUCGAGCUCUUUGAAUUCAUCAAAAGAGAGAAUGUCAAGCCAUUCAUUCUCCAUGUGGUAGAGAAAUACCGGGAGAAGCUCGAGAGCAUCACUUACGUUGACACCUUCCAAAACUUGAUACUUCGCUAUGAGCAGAUGCAAGGGUACGGCGCAGAGGCUGAUCCGCUGUUUGGCCAUGAAGACGACAGUACUCCUCGGAGAAUACCAUUGAAUGGACAGCGUUGGCAGGGCGUGAAGGAAAUGGAUGCAGCUGAGGAAGAUUACUUUGGCACAUCUGACGAUGAAGAUGAGUGGCCACAGGAUAACCGUGGGGCUCUUUCUGCUGAUGCUUCCAACGGCUCCACCCCCGCGCUGGUUAAGCCUUUGGUUGAUUAUCCUGAUGAUGACGAGGAUGAGGAUGCAAUGGACACAAAACCUGAAGCUCUUUCAGAACAACCCCCACAAGCUGAAUCAACAGCCGACGCUCCUAAUGAACCCAGCCCCGAAUCCACCUCUACACCAACCUCGCCCGCUCAAACACCCCCUCCCGAACGAUUGGCCGAAAAGCGUCGACGCGAAGAAGAAGACGAAGACGAGUUAAUGAAACUCGCCGCAGGUCCUAAGCGCAGAAGCUCCACAAGUAGCAAUUCUAGCGCCGGGAUUUUGAACAGGAAAAAGACACUGUCCAUUGGGCCGAUAGGCGUCACAGAUAAAUCCAAAUCAGCUAUUCUAGGAAGUGGCGCUGCAGCACCUAAGAGAAUUGCUAUCAAUCUAGGACCGACAACAAAAUCUACUGCUCCGGAAAGUGACACACCGAGCUCAACAGAGGAUACUGCGGGUGAAACCAACGAGAAUGAAAAACCCGACGACAGCCAAGGCGACGACGGAGAAGGUUGA